AUGUCAAGCGUCAAGGUUGCAGGGUCUCGGAAAUGCCAGAAAUGCACAGAAGCUGAACGGGAAUGUCUGUUGGACUCGCCCUUGCACUUUCGACCCGUCAAAUCUGUCCGGCUGAAGAGCGUCGAUGGACGCAGGGUUAAACACGACUUGAGGCAUACUCCCCGUCAGGUCUGGGUCGACCUCCCGUCAGAAGUCCGAUUUGUCUCUCUGGAUCACGAGACGGACUCUCAAGACCUCGAUACCCAGCCUGAAGAGGGCCCAGGCCCAUCUCCGCCCAUCUCUCCCCUCGCAGCUGGGGCCGAAAGGGAUUUCCGUAUCGAGCAUAAUCCUACUUCAGUGGCUGCUCACGACUGGAAUUCACCACAUGGAUCGGCCUUGCCUCUGACCCCUCUCCAGGCUUCUCUUCAACACAGCAGUCCAGACUCGCAUUUUUCAUCGCAUGCCCACGCCUCUAUCGUGCUGUCUCCUGCACAUUCUGCCGGAAGACCUGCUUCACAACAUCACUCUCCCUCCGUCCUUCUGAAUUCCGCUGUUGAUACGUCCUCCCCAAACUAUGGACUCGGCACUUGCUGGCCAUUCCAGAAUCAACAGGAAGCACGGCUUCUGCACCACUACAUCGUGCAUCUAUCAAUGCAGUUCGACUCCUGCGAUAAGCAGCGGCACUUUGGGAAGGAGAUACCGAAACGGGCGGCACACUAUCCUGUCAUCAAGAAUGCAAUUUUCGCCGUAGCUUCACGGCAGAUGAGCCUGCUAGCAGGAACCCACGACGACGAGUCUCCCCACUAUGUGAGCGAAUGUCUCCGGAUCUUGAUUAAGGCCUUGGAAGACCCCAUGGGCCAUUUUGAUGAGAACUUGCUGGCAGCUGUCAUUCUCCUGAGGACCCAUGAGGAGAUGUCCGAGAACGAUGAACGACGCCACCUGUUCGGCACAACACGGAUCUUGAACUCGAUAGCCUCCUUUGCCGCAGAUGGCGGACUCCGCGAAUCGGCCAGCUGGGUGUCGCUGAGACAGCACAUCUACAUCUCGCUGACCUCUCAGCACCCACUCACCAUCAAUCUUACCAACUACCGCCAUUCGAGCGUCUUUCGCCUCUCAGACGACGAAUCCUGGGCGAACCGGAUCAUCUUCAUCUUUGCCCGAAUCCUCACCCACGUCUUUGGCGACGACAACGAGCAGUUGUCCUUGGAGCAGUGGGCCGAUCUAGACUCGGAGGUCACUUCCUGGGAAGUCUCCAAGCCGUGGCACUUUGCGCCCCUGUUCAUCGACAGCCCCGGGGUCUCUGCCCUGGAGUCGAACAGGAGUCCGUGGCCGGAGCUGUACGUGUGCAAUCCAGCGCAGGUGGUCGGUCUCCAGCAUUACUACCUCGCCAAGGUCGUCCUGGCCAUCUACGACCCUCGCCUCUCGAAGCUGAGUUUCGGAUCGUUGCGCUUGAGAAGGGACUCUGAAUCCAUGGUCCGCGAGUGUCUGCGAAUGGUUGUCGGUCUGGCCGUCAGCAACGACCACGUCCAGACGGCAAUGUUCCAAGCCUCCCACAUUCUUUCGGCAUGCGGCAUGUACCUGAAUAAUCGAGACGAACAGGAGGCCGCGGUCGGUUUCCUUGAACAGAUGACCCAGCGCAUGGGUUGGCAGACCUCACAUAUCAUCCGGGACCUCAAGGAACAGUGGCAAAUCUGAGCCACGGAAAUGGCUUUUUGAAGCCUGAGAGCUUUCUGAGACUUCGAAAUUUCUAUUAUUCAUCUAAAUCCUCGGUAUCCGGGCAAAGAAGGUCAAAAAACCCGUUGAUAUUCGAAUGGUGGCGUUCUCAACCCCAGAC